GAAGCUCGCCGGAGAACUGCUCGGCGUUUUUUCCCCUAGGGUUUACAUCCCGACAUGGUGAACGAAGCAGCCAAUUAGCCGAAACCUAAUUCCACUCGGAUGCAGAGAUCGAUUACCAUUGCGAUUGCAUUAACAGCAAAAACAUUUCUUCACCGUCAUCUUCUUCAGAAAGGUACCAUCCCUAUAACCGCCCUCUCCUACAGUCUCCGAUCAUUCUCCACUCGGAAUAACUACCGAGAGAGAUUAAGAAACAAUCUCCACUCAAUCAAACUCCACGACGCACUUGAUCUGUUCUGUGACAUGACCGAGUCUCAUCCCCUCCCUUCGAUAAUCGAUUUCACUAGAGUACUAACCGCCAUCGCCAAAAUGAACAAACACGGCCUCGUAAUCUAUCUCUUCACUCAAUUGGAUCAAUUAGGAAUCUCAAAUGAUCUCUACAGCUUCAGUAUCUUGAUAGACUGUUUAUGCAGAUGCUCAAAACUCUCUGCUGCUCUCUCUUUCCUCGGGAAGAUGAUGAAACUCGGUUAUACCCCCAGCGUGGUUACCUUAGGAUCAAUAGUUAAUGGAUUCUGUUAUGUGAAUAGAGUCCACGAUGCGAUGUGUUUAGUUGAUCAGAUGGUGGAGUUAGGUUAUGAAGUUAAUGUUGUAAUCUAUAACAUGAUUAUUGAUAGUCUUUGCGAAAACCGGUGUUUGACUACUGCCAUUGACGUUUUGAGACGUAUGGAGAGUGUUGGAGUUAGGCCUGACGUUGUUUCGUAUAACUCGCUUAUCACUGGUCUUUUUAGCUCUGGUGUAUGGGGUGUGUCUGCUUUUUUGGUUAGUGACAUGAUGAAGAAAGGGAUUAAGCCUGAUGUGGUGACGUUCAGUGCUGUGAUUGAUGCGUAUGUGAAAGAGGGAAGGGUUUUAGAGGCUAAGGGAGUGUAUAUGGAGAUGAUUAGAAGAUCGGUAGAUCCUAAUAUCGUUACUUAUAAUUCGUUGAUCAAUGGGCUUUGUAUUAACGGUCGUCUAGAUGAGGCGAAAAACACGUUUAGGUUUAUGGUGAGGAGAGGUUGCGUCCCGAAUCUAGUGACUUAUAAUACUCUCAUAAAUGGGUUUUGUAAGUUUAUGAGGGUGGAUGAUGGGAUGAGGAUCUUCUCCAUGAUGUUGCGUAAUGGGUUGGUUGGUGAUGCAUUCACUUACAACACUCUUUUUCAAGGUUAUUGUCAAGUGGGGAGAUUUAGAGCUGCGGAUAAGGUGCUAUGUCGGAUGGUUUCUUGUGGCGUGCGUGCCGAUAUUUUCACCUACAACAUUUUGUUAGACAGUUUAUGUGAGCAUUGGAAGGUGAAAAAGGCGUUGGUGGUAUUGGAGGAUAUGGAAAAGAGUGGAAUGGGUAUUGGGAUUAUUACGUAUAAUAUUAUCAUCAAAGGAAUGUGCAAGGCGGGUAAGGCGGAAGAGGCUUGGUGUUUAUUUUGCAGUCUUGAUCUCAAAGGAGUAAUGCCGGAUGUUGUAACGUACAUGACAAUGAUGAUAGGAUUGCGUAGGAAAAGACUAUGGCGUGAAGCGCAUGAGCUGUAUAGAAGAAUGAAUGAAGAUGGGUUUAUGCCAAUUGAGUGGAGAUAUAAAAGAGGUAAUUAGGAUACAGACCUUAGAGAUUAGGAGGGGUUAAGUGUUUUCUUAAGUCUCCAUAAAUGCGUCUGACUAUAAGUUAGGCAUGAAGGAUGUAAUGGUAUUAUACUAGGUGGGUUCCCUCGAGCAUUAGAUAUUGCAGGUGUAGUUCAUUACAUACACAUAAGCUCAUUUGUGUUGUACAUAGGAAGCGAAUAUCAUUUUGUGUGCUAUAACUUAUAUAAUUUAUAUUCCACUUUGUGUUAUAACAUUUUAAUUGCAAAGUGCUAGAGAAAUAAGUCAUGA